CCGCCCCUCCGCUCGCUCCCGCCGCCUCUCGCGAGGCCGCCGCCCCCCCCCCCGCGCGCGUCACCGGCGGAGCGGACGGGGACAACAUGGCGGAGCGGCGGAGGCACAGGAAGCGCGUCCAGGAAGUUGGUGAGCCAUUCAAGGAGGAGAAGGCUGUUGCUAAAUACUUGCGCUUCAACUGCCCAACAAAAUCCACCAACAUGAUGGGCCACCGAGUUGAUUAUUUUAUUGCUUCCAAAGCUGUGGAUUGCCUCCUGGAUUCUAAAUGGGCGAAGGCAAAGAAGGGAGAGGAGGCUCUCUUCACAACCCGAGAGUCUGUGGUUGAUUACUGCAACAGACUCCUGAAAAAACAGUUCUUUCAUCGAGCCUUGAAAGUGAUGAAAAUGAAACCUGACAAGGAUACCAAGAAAGAAAAGGAAAAAGGAAAGGCUGAGAGUGGAAAAGAAGAGGAGAAAAAGAGCAAGAAGGAAAGUGGCAAAGAUGAAAAAACAAAGAAGGAGAAAGAAAAGGAAAAGAAAAAGGAUGGUGAAAAAGAUGAGUGUAAGAAGGAUGACACCCCAGGAACACCCAAGAAAAAGGAAACUAAGAGAAAAUUUAAACUUGAGCCACAUGAAGACCAAGUUUUCUUGGAUGGAAAUGAGGUCUACGUGUGGAUCUAUGACCCUGUUCACUUUAAAACUUUUGCCAUGGGACUUGUACUUGUGAUCGCCGUUAUAGCCGCCACCCUGUUCCCGCUGUGGCCAGCCGAGAUGCGUGUCGGUGUUUAUUACCUCAGCGUGGGCGCCGGCUGCUUUGUCGCCAGUAUUCUGCUCCUGGCCGUCGCUCGCUGCAUCCUUUUCCUCAUCAUCUGGCUCAUCACUGGAGGAAGGCAUCACUUCUGGUUCCUGCCAAACCUCACAGCAGACGUGGGAUUCAUUGACUCCUUCAGGCCCCUGUACACACACGAAUACAAAGGACCAAAAGCAGACUUAAAGAAAGAGGAAAAAGCAGAAUCCAAAAAGCAGCAAAAAUACGACAGCGAGGAGAAAUCAGACAGUGAGAAGAAGGAAGAGGAGGAUGGAAAGACAGAAGGCACAAGGAACUCGGGAACAGACGGCUCAGGAGGAGAGCGGCAUUCAGACACUGACAGUGACAGGCGCGAAGAUGACAGGUCCCAGCACAGUAGUGGCAAUGGAAACGACUUUGAAAUGAUCACAAAAGAGGAACUGGAACAGCAAACAGAUGAAGGGGAUUGUGAGGAGGAAGAGGAGGAAGAUACCGAAAGUGGGCCUUCACAUGGAAAAUCAUAACUCACUGUGGUUUGGGACUAAGUAUGUGCAAAUGGUUGGAUUUUCUUUGUUGGCUGAUCACCAAAACAUAGACCAUACAGUAGCAUCUUUGUUUGCUGAAAUAUCCGUGUUACCAAACAGUUUUAUAUCUAGUUCCUUCAUUUUUUUUAACCAUUAACUUGAUUACUCGGUACUAUGUUAAUCAUUAAUAUCCAUUUACGGAAGUUUUAUCAAUUUGACAGGUUUUUUAUUGAUUGAUAGGUUGCCCAGAUUGUCCUCAAACACACUGAAAAACAUCAUUUUCUGGUACUUGCAUAACUGGUCAAUUAGUUUAGCUUCUCAAACUUGCUUUUGUAAACCAGGUAAAAGUUGAAUGACCAAAUCUCAGAUUAUUCCUAGUUAUCCUCAUCUGAUAGUUAGGUAAAGCCCUUCUUAGCCCACAGCCUUCUUGAUAUUUUUCUUGAUUUUGUUUUCAAAAGAUUGUGAGAACUUUCCUGAGAAAACUAGUUUUAGCAGAAGUAUUUUGCUGACAGUAGAGGAGCUGGUAGUGCUGAAUUUGGCUGCAGUGUUCUCUGUUUCUCCAGCCUGUGUGCCAGCAACUGAGGAAAUCCAAACUGGUUUUGUGCAUCCAGUGCAGAGAGAGAUGUCAUCUCCAGCAGGUGAAGGAAGCAGCAUGGUUUGGAAAUGAUGGCUGUUUUCUUUCUCCUGCUCCAUCAUAAUUUAAAAACAAAUGUAUUCUGUACAUAAUUUACAAAUAAAGCAAACCAUUUACUUUAACUGCUACUUAUUAUUUAGAGAUUUGAUCCAGCAUUCAGUUUGUAUUAUUGAAGCCAUGUUGUGGUGUAUCUAUCAGAGAAAUGCAAGUCGAGAGGACCUCACGGAGUAUUUGUGUAUGAUUGGUAGCUGUUCCACAGAAGCUUUAGUUUUGUGCCAACAUUCCAUGUAUUUGAGUAAAUUGAUCUUUAUUAAAUGAAAGCAAACACCAGAGCUGUAUGGAUGCCUUAAUGUUAAACCUCUCUGUACUCUGGAACUGGAGUAGUUUUAAGCAGAAGAGGCAGGAGAGUUGCUCUGCUCGCAGAGCUGCUGUGCAAUGACCGUUCGUGUUUGUAAAUCCCCUGGAGGAGCCGCUGCCUCUGGGCAGGAUGGACUGGAGCUCUUGGCUGACUGAGCAUGGAAGAAGUUACAACUCAGCCUCUUUCCUCUCAAGGACUUUAUAGAUUUGAUUGUCUUCCCAGCCCACUCAGAGAAGAUGAGGGUAAGAGAAUUCUUUUUCCUAUCCUAAAUUGCUUCCCAUCCUUCCAGCCGUCGGUAUUUUGGAUGAAGAUACCAAUUUUUCAGAUUGUGCAAAUAUAUACAUCAUCAUGGUUGCAUUGACAAACAAUUCAUGGAUAUGGUGUAUUUGCUUCUUAAAUCCUGAAUAGUUACUCCAUAAGGAAACAGAUAAAUUGGAUCACUUUUUUAUUAAUAUAGCAAAAAAAAUUAAAGGACCCAUUAACUAAAGAGAUUGACUCCUGGCCACUUGUGUGUUAUCACUGAUUAAAGAGCAAACAAAGUCCUGUUGGACCUGAGUGGGGUGUGCACAAUGUCAUGGGGAGAGCAGAGCCUGCACUGGGGCACCACAGGGCAGCCAAGCCCUCAGCAGGAUUUUAAGAAGUUAAUGCAGUGGUUUUCAGUUAUUUCAAGUAUGUUUCUUCCUCCAAGUGAAAUAACAGGGCCUUGCUGAGCAAAUCAAGUGGAAAUGGUCAAAUAAAAACUCUAAUAUUGC